AUGUAUUGACGUCGCUAAUAUACAAAUUAAUAAUUCCUGGACAGCUGGAGUUAAGCUUAAAUUGCUGAUAAGUCGAUUAGGGUUGUUUCUAAAUUUCAUAUACAUAUGCAAACACAAGCUCGAUUGCCGGUCGGAAUUUUGCUUUCUGGAGACGAAGACCAUCACAACCCACAAGUAUUGAAUUAUGGCAGGGGAGAUCAAUCCGGGUGAUAUAGUUAAUCGUAUCAUUAAGAAGCUUGGAAAUUUGCCUUCUGGAUAUCCUAAUCCUCGUACCUUCAUACAUAAUUUCCGAAGCGUUGUUGAACGGGACAAUGUUUAUGAUCCAGAAAUAGUUGCAAUCGGCUUCUACAAUCACCAGAAAGAUUACUUGAAAGAUAUGGAAAAUUUCAAGCUCAUAUACCUCAAGCGCUUUCUUGGACGCAACAAAUAUGAAUCAGAUAAUAACGUUAAUGAUGUACCGGUGAAAGAGAGUGCAAGUAGCACUAAUAUUAAUGUUACAGCAAGUAGCAGUGUGAAACAAAGUGCAUGCAGCAGUGUCAAAGUUGAGGGACAUGUGAAAGAAAGUGCAGAGAGCAGUGUCAAUGCUGUGGUAUGUGAGAAUAAAAAUGCAGAUAAAAUUGUCAAGGCUGUGGUAGGCAUGGAAGAACGUGCACGAAAAUGGUAUGGUGGAAGGACUGAUCGAGCUAGGGGAAGCGAUUUUGUUGAAAUGUUGGUAAUUGACGGAUGCUUCCUCAUUGAACUACUUCGUUGUUAUGGUUUGGAUAACUGGAGGGAUCCAAAUGACCCAAUAUUCAGGCACGAAAGCAUCCUGAGCCAGCUGCGGCAUGACAUUGUUUUGAAUGAGAACCAACUUCCGUUCUUUGUCUUGAAUGAUCUGUUCGAGAUGACCAAAAGUAAAGAUCCAAAAGACGACCUAAUUCAUCUUACUUUGUGUUUUGUCGAAGGUAUGUUUCUAGACCUAUCAAUUCCUGGGAAUUUAAAAUUUGUGAAACCUGAUCACCUAUUAGGUCUAAUACAUGAUGUUUGGGUUUUGCCUUUCGCAACUAAUAAUGUUGAGAGGAACAAUCAAGCCGCUAUUGGCAAGUGGGAGAACAUAAACUCUGCCUCAGAGCUCCAAAAGACAGGAAUCGACUUCAAAAUUUCCCAAGACUUCAAUAGCUUGAUGGAUAUUACGUUUGCUCGUAAGUGUCUUGGUGCCAAACUGAAAAUUCCACAACUGAAUAUAUAUUAUGAGACAGAAUCACAGAUCAGAAACCUCGUAGCUUACGAACAAUACCUUCCUGAUGGGAACCCAAGAUAUGUCUCGGACUAUACAUUUUUUUUGCAUUGUCUGAUCAACACCUCGAAUGAUGUCGAGUUGCUGCGUCGUAGUGGAAUAAUUGGAAACUGGUUAGGAAACGAUGAAGAGGUUUCUUUGAUGUUUAAUCGUCUCGGAAAAUCUAUCCUCACCUCUUCCAAAUUCAGUUACUCUAAAAUAUUUUCUGAAGUCAACAUGCAUUAUCAUAGUCAUCGUAAAAAAUGGUGGGCGGAACUGUGGAGGGAAUAUUUUGAUGGGCCAUGGGCGUGUGCCAAGUUUCUCGCCGCCCUUACACUAUUGGGUCUUGCUAUCUCACAGACGAUUUUCACUAUCUAUCCAUAUUAUCAUCCCAGAAAAGACUCCUAGCUCCUGGUGGUCCUCCAACAUGAUCCUAAGAGGUAUAUGAAUCAUUGAACUUAUGUUGCUGGUGCUUUGUCUAAUUCUCAUUAUGUAUGUUCGGUAUGCUGAUCUUGAAAAUUUUUAGAAAGACAUGUAAUUCUUUUUUGUUUUGUUUGAACUCUUAAUUUUUUAUUUUCUGUAUUUUAUGAGAAAUAAAAAUAUAUUUUGAUUAUUAA